GGCUAUUUCGUGUUGCAACUUUCGAGCUUUGACACCUUAUUAACACUCCACAAGCCGACAUGGGUAGAUUAAGACGUUCCAGGACCCAUCACGCCCGUCGAGACGUGCACCGUGCUGCUCGUACCCGUGCUCGAGUAAAGGAUCUCGACCAAAUCGAAACAGACUUGCGUCCCCAGAACAGAAACAGGCUUGAGAAGCAGCCUAUUGAUGAGGACAAGCCUGGACUGGGUCAACACUACUGCGUCGAAUGCUCCAAGUACUGUGAGACCGCUGUUGCCCUCCAGUCACACUUGAAGAGCAAGGUUCACAAGCGCCGAUUGAAGGAGCUCAAAGAGGGCGCUUACACUGUUGACGAGUCUGAGCGAGCUGCUGGCUUGGGAACCGACAACAAACAACGUGGUGUAGAGGAUGUUAUCAAGCGCUUCGAUGGAAUAAACAGCAGUGCUGCCGGUCCUUCGAUUGUUGCUCAACCUCAAGCUUAAGCCAGCCUUCCAGGAAGGACUUUUGAGAGAGACGAAAAGUGGUGACUGGCGUUACGGCCGUGGGGAAGGUGGUCUCCAGGUGGACAGGGAAGUGCCACCGUUCUAUGUUGUAUACUAGAUGAUGGCAUCAUGUUAUGUUUAGAUGGCU